UCCGGUAGAACCGGUGCAUGUGGUCGUUGUCGUUGGUUUAGGUUGGUUUGCGGGGAAUCUGAUCACGCAAAACAACGCAAAAAUGGUCGUGGAACCUGCCCUAGCACGAGUUAUCAGCAGAGCCAAACAACUUGACGAGCUAGUUGCGAGCUUGAAAGCUCAGUUACAGUCUCUUCGAGCUCUGAAGGCCGACCAAUAUGUACAAGCUGAGUCUUCACGUUUGCGCAAAGAGAACGAAGUAUUGCGACAAGAAGUUGAGGUUUGGAAGAAUCGUCUCAUUCAGGCAGAAAUUAGAAACGGGAUUGAACAAAUUCCGCCUCCAUCUGCAAUCAAAAAAUCGCAGGAUGCAGCCGUUGCAAAACCUGAGCCUCCAGUAGCGAUCGCCGGUGGGGGCGACGAACAAAAAGGGCAAGCAAAGAAGAGAGCCAACGCAGAGAAGAAGGCGAACCCUCCAGCAAAAAAGGAAAAGGGUGAAGAGAAGAAGAAACCUGCAGAUGACAGCGAUGACAAGGCUGUAGACAUUGCACGCCUGGAUCUUCGCAUCGGUCGCAUCAUUUCGGCUGCCAAACACCCAGAUGCAGACGCGCUCUACGUAGAACAAGUCGAUGUGGGAGAAGAAAAACCACGCACAGUUGUUUCAGGGCUCGUCAAGUUUGUACCACUUGAGGAGUUACAGGGUCGUCUUGCCGUCCUACUCUGUAACCUCAAGCCAGCGAAAAUGCGAGGCGUUACAUCUGAGGCUAUGGUCAUGUGUGCUAGCACACCGGAGAAGGUUGAAGUCUUGGAGCCACCCCCUGGUUCCGAACCGGGAGACAGGGUGCACUGUGUUGAGUACCCUGGCCAGCCCGACGUGCAGCUGAAUCCAAAAAAGAAAAUAUUUGAGCAGGUAGCCCCAGAUCUAAAGACAAACAGUGAUAAAGUAGCCACCUACAAGGGAGCCACGUGGAGAGUUCAAGGCAAGGAAGGGUACAUUGUAGCUGCCUCACUUGCUGGUGUCCAGAUUAAAUGAAAGUAUGUCGACAUGUAUUGAUAUAAAUGCUAUACCAAUGAAAUAAACAGUUUAUAUUGGGA